AGCACUAGCAUCGCUGUAAUCCGUCUCCAGGAAGCGCCGUGUGUGUUUUGAACCGUUACUGGUGCAACACCAGGAAGCAGGAAGACGAGUCCAUACCAGGGAAAGAUGGCGUUUGAAAAGAGCAGCAUUGCAGUUAUGUCGGGGCUCCGGGGUGUCCGGUCUUGGAAGACUGAGACAUUCUGCCGAUUUUUCAGCCUGUUUUUGCUUUUGGGGUGCCUCCCAGUCUUUCUGGUCCAGGCCGAUAUAACAGACGGCAACACCGAACACUUGAAGCGGGAGCACUCGCUCAUCAAACCAUACCAGGGUGUGGGGACAAGUUCAACUCCUCUGUGGGAUUUCGGAGGCAGCACACUGUUGACCAGCCAGUACGUCCGACUGACCCCUGAUGAGAGAAGUAAACAGGGGUCCAUUUGGAACAGAGUGCCGUGUUUCCUGAAGGACUGGGAGUUGCACGUCCAGUUCAAAAUCCAUGGGUCAGGAAGGAAGAAUCUGCAUGGAGAUGGAAUUGGCAUCUGGUACACAAAAGAGAAGCUACAACCUGGGUCUGUCUUUGGAAGUCAGGAUCAUUUCGUUGGACUGGGCAUUUUUGUGGAUACUUUCCGCAAUGAACUCCAAGGAAUGGAUCGUUCAUUCCCUUAUAUAUCUGCCAUGAUAAAUAAUGGAUCCCUGGUUUAUGACCACGGGAAGGACGGGCGCCCGACUGAGCUGGGGGGGUGUUCGGCAGAGGUCCGUAACAAGGACCACGAUACCUACCUGGCUGUUCGCUACUCCAAGGGCAGGCUGACGGUUAUGAUUGAUGUUGAAGACCGCAACGAAUGGAAGGAAUGUUUUGAUGUCUCAGGAGUUCGACUCCCCACUGGAUACUUAUUUGGGUCCUCUGCGGCUACAGGUGACCUUGCAGAUAACCAUGACAUCCUCUCAAUGAAGGUGUACCAGCUGAUGGUGGAGCACACCCCUGAGGAGGACAGCAUGGACUGGACCAAAAUAGAGCCCAGCGUCAGCCUGCUCAAAUCACCCAAAGACAACAUCGACGACCCGACUGGUAAUUUCCGAAGCGCCCCUCUGACUGGGUGGAAGGUGUUCCUGCUGCUGCUCUGCGCUUUGCUUGGCAUCAUCGUCUGUGCGGUCGUGGGCGCCGUAGUCUUCCAGAAGCGCCAGGAGAGAAACAAGCGUUUUUAUUGAACAGGAAAACAAUCCGUGCGAUUUUGUUUAACAUAAGAUUGUUUUCUAAUGUUCAUAUGGUAGGACAUGCUGUCUUAAACAGCAGCCUCGUGACAGCAUAAAGAAAGAAUCUGCGAGAAUCUGGGUCUGAACAAGCGUAAUAUUUUCUGUUUGUUUGGUUUUUUUUUGUAUUUACAAAGAGAAUGUCUUUGCUAAACAAAAUGUGUCUGUUCAAUGAAGUGUCAUUAGGUAGUACUGGUUCUCUUCUCUUAUUUUUGAUUUACUAUGACAAGUAGUAAAACACAUAUUCCCUCCUGCUUUCUCCCCCCUUUGCUAAACAGUAAGCCUGUGGUGUGUCCUGUACAGUGAACUGAAAUGCACAGCCUCUGUUCAUUUCAGCGAGCUAGCAGUUUUAUUUCUUCAUACCAAUGAUGUUUUGACUUUAGUUUGAAGUUUAUUUUGUUGUUUGUAAUUUCCUUAUUGUGCACUCUGUCUAUCUUUUUGCUUACAGGUGUGUGACCACUUUCAAAACUCAUUUUUUAAGCAUUCUCAGUGCGCAUUGUUUUUAAAUUUUCCAAACUGGUUCCAAGAGUUGAAACAGAUUCCAUGUGUUUGUGUGUGUGAUGGUCAUAUUCUUGUUCACGUUGCCUUUUGCAACCCAAGCUUCAAAGCCCGUAUUCUUGACCGUUUCAAAUAGUCAUUUGUCUUCCAAUGUGAAAUCAAACAAGUUUUCUGAGAGACAUAAAUCUGCCUUGCCGUUCAGAAAGAAACGCACAGUGAGGCAGUUGUAAUAGUUUUCGUCUGAACAGCAAAAUAAAAUUAGAAAAACAAGUUCAAGGUAAGCAAUGUUUUUUUUGUUUUAGUUUUUUUGUGUGUACUGAAGCUAAAUGAAAAUACAGAAUCUUCGGAUGGAUAGUUUACUAUGAUUUAUACAGCAGUUGGUUACUCUGAAUUGUCUGUAGAGAAAUCAGAGGUGUUGAGCUUUUAAUGUUUCAGUGUACUUUAAUAUCAUCCUUUUGUCGGCUUAGUUCCUAGUAAAGGUUCAGAAAGAGAACAUGGGUAUCUGAUGGUGGAGGGGUAUUGGUUCUCUGCGUGGGAUUAUCCUCAAAAAGAAAUUAUUGGAAAUCCUUACAGAAGAGGAGAUCUAUGCAUUUCUGUAGAAAAAAAAAGAAUAAAUCAGGGCUCAGAAUGAACAGUGUGUCUCUCUUAAGUAUUUUAAUGCAGUCAAGUUGUGCCAAAAGGCGGUUUUCAUUGUAUUGUGGAAACUAGAAAAGUGCAUGUUGUUGGGUAUCAUUUAGCCAGUGUUUGACAGCAUAUUCCAGCGUAGAAAAGCUGCAAACCAUCUGCUAUCCCCGAUUAGCACUAAUCUUGGAUUCCUUACCUGAAAUAACAUUAGGUUGUCCAAGACUAGUGCUAGUCAGUGUCUGUGAAACCAGCCUUUUAUCACCUUAUCCCUCUCAACCUGAAAGGCUAUUAUUGCACCAGAGGCUGCUUUAUCCCCCCACUUCACCAUACAAACUGAACUAAAUACAUUCCCAGGAAAUUAAACUGGCACUAGUGAAUGCACUAAUAAUGAUAAUAAUAAUAAUAAUAAUAAUAAUAAUAAUAAUAGUCAUACAUUUAAAGGAGGCAUUGUAAAAUGGAUUGGACAGUCACACGUGGGGCUGAUUGCCACAGCGAGCAUUGCAUGCAAUGGUUUGUGAUUCUUGGUGAUUUACUUGCAUGUCUUUAAUGUGUGCAUACUCUGCAGGGUUAUUACAACCUUGCAUGUCUGUUCGUGUUAGCUAAAGUUGAUCUGGACAGCAGAGGCAGCCAUUGCUGCCAAUUCUUCAUUCUGAGCCCUGCAGAGAAGGAAUAAAGGGUGGAAAGUGUGUGUUCAUGCUAACUUUAAUGCAGCGGGACGGGGACUUUGUGUGUGGUCCUGGAGUAAUUAAAGGCGAUUCUAGUGA